CGGCCGACUCCGGAGGAUCUCUCGCGAGGAAGGACGCCAUUAUCGCAGCCGCCCGGCCAAACACCACGAGAAUUCGGCAAGGCAAACGAAUCAGAGUUGUAUGAACUGACGGACCCACCUUCGGCUCAUCCCCCACGCCCCUGUUUCUGAAUGAUGACAGAACAGGAUUUAGCGGAUGUAGUUCAAAUAGCUGUGGAGGACUUGAACCCAGAUCAUCCAGUUGUCUUGGAAAACCACGAAGUGACUGAUGAAGACGUAGACCCUCCUUUGAAGCGGCAGCGGAUAGAAAUCAAUUGUCAGGACCCCUCGAUUAAGUGUUGUCCCUCAGACGACAGUGAUUCUCAACAACGACCGUCAGAACUCGAUCGUAGCCAAGAUGGUGGGGCAGGAGGAGCCGUUAAGCCGAGCAGCUGAUUCACUGGAAAAUAUCCUUAACAAAGGAUUAUCCUAGCGGGACGUGGCUAGGGGACGAGAACAACCCCGAGAUGCGUGUGCGCUCCCCUAUCACCCCGGCAGACAUGCUCCACAUCAGCACCAAUUGCCGGACGGCCGAGAAGAUGGCGCUGACCUUGCUCGACUACCUUUUCCACCGAGAAAUCCAGGCGAUCUCUAACCUUUCCGGCCAAGGGAAACACGGCAAGAAGCAGCUCGACCCUCUCAUGAUUUACGGCAUCCGUU